AUGGUGGUCGACGACGAUCAAAGGUGGUCAACGGUGAUCGGCGAAAGUCGACGACGAUCGACAGUUGUCGACAGAGGUCAUUGGGGGCCUACAACGGUCAACAAUGGUGGUGCUAGUCUUCAACUUCUUCUUAAAGCUUUAAGCUCUUCUUCAAGUCUCAAGCUCCUAUCCCCCCUCAUGAAGAAGUGGGGCUCGAACGAGCCGAACACGAGCUGUUCGCGAAGAACAAGCCUUUUUGACAGCUCUAUCUACACCUCAAUACAUUUAUGUUCUUCUAACUUUUUGUUGUUCAAUAAAUCAGCAGGUUCAAAGCCUUCAAAAACAACUUCUGACAUAUAUUCAACUCUUCCAAAUCCCUUUCCUCCAUCACCCCAUGAUAAAACUCAUGAGCCAGAUGAUAGUGUGGACAUUCUCGAAGAAGAUGAAUCCUCGCCGCCAAAAGCCAAUCUCGUCGAGUCUAACUUGUCAAACCAAGCCGACACGGAUGACGAGAUUGCCGAUGUCGAUGCAAGCGACGGCGAGGGUAACAAAGGUCCCAAUGCGGCCGAAGCUCUUCGGGCGCAGGUGAAUGCUGCCGAGGAGGGACAACAACGGGAAGAAAGCUCAAGUUCGAGUGGGAGCAGUGAGAGUAGUGGGAGUGGGAGCGGCAGUGGCAGCAGCAGCGAUGAUAGUGAUGAUAGUGAUGGCGACUCGGCGACCUCAGCUGGGGAGAUCGACAUCUGAAUGAUUAGAUCCAUUGCAAUGGUGGAAUCAAUAAGGGGAUGGGUUUGGCUUGUAUUGUUUAAAUUCGAGUUAAUUUGUCAUAUAAUUAUGUGUAAUUUAAUUUAAAUUAUGUAUAUUGUAGAAGUCUUGCCCCCAAAAAAAAUAUUUUAAAUGGUGUAAAAGAAAAGAAAAUAAUAUUAUGGAGAUGCAAGAAUGAUUACAUUAACUUU